AUGUCGUCUUCAGUGUUCUUCAAAUUCAGAUCCCAAAAGGAGCCCUCUAGAGUUGAAUUUGAUGGUACUGGUAUCUCUGUAUUUGAGCUCAAGCGUGAUAUUAUCAUCAAGAGUGGAUUAGGUGACGGAACCGAUUUUGAUCUCGUCAUUUGCAAUGAAGCAGACAAUGAAGAAUAUGAUGACGAUACUACCGUUAUUCCUCGGUCAACUUCGAUCAUCGCUCGUCGAUUACCUUCACUCAAGCCGGGAGCAGGAAGAGCCGCAAGAUACAUGUCAGGGCAGAUGCCGAUAAAGCAGAAGACUUCGUCACGAAAAGAACAAGGGAAGCAGGCAAAUGCGAAGGCUGUUGCAUCUACACAAGGGCUGGCACAAAUGGAUAGUGCGAUGACUGAGGAGCAGAAGAUGGAAGCUAUGUUCCAGGCCCAAAGUGAUCAAUGGACAGCACAGCAGGAAGAUAUGGCAAAUCAAACACCAGUCUUCCGACCAGGUGGUAAGAAAGGUCAGCCUCCAGCAAACGUUCCGGAUCAUGAACCACCAACUGGAUACAUUUGUUAUCGAUGUGGAGAAAAAGGGCAUUGGAUUCAGGUUUGCCCUACGAACGAUGAUCCAAAUUUCGAUAACAAGGCACGAAUUAAGCGUACAACUGGUAUUCCAAGGUCUUUCCUGAAAACUGUAGAGAAGCCGGUGCAGUUGAGCAAUGAUGGUACAUUGGAUGAUACAAAGACACCAUCUGGUGUAAUGGUAAAUGCUGAGGGAGAGUUUGUCGUUGCUGAGCCUGAUAAAGCGUCUUGGGAACAAUUUCAAGCUAAAACCAAGUCGUCUGCCGCUGCCCAGAAAGCUGCUGCUUUAGGAGAUAAAGUGUUGAGAGAUAGAGGAUUGGAAUGCGCGCUCGACAUGAGAAUAUUCAUAGAUCCAAUGAAGACGCCCUGUUGUGAGAAGACGUACUGCAAUGACUGCAUUACUAAUGCUCUUAUCGAAAGCGAUUUCACAUGCCCUGGAUGUCAGACUGAUGGAGUAUUGAUUGAUGAUCUGAAGCCUGAUGAUGAGAUGACCGCCAAGAUCAAGACUUAUUUGGAAGAGAAAGAUGCAGCCACCAAAAAAGAAAAAGAAGAACAGAGAGCUAAAAGUCCUAGUGUAAAGUCCGAUACUGUCACUACACCACCAAUCAAAGCAUCAAAACCCACGGGAAAGGCUAAAUCACCAACGCCGAAACCAUCACCUAAACCAAAAUCACCUGAAGUGUCAAAGGUCUUGAAACGUAGUCCCACACAAGGAAAAUCAACUAUACCCGUCGUUGGUGUUCCAGGUGCACCUUCAGGCCCUCAGGGUAAAAAGCGACCUUCGGAUGAAUUACUAGAGAACCCUAAGAUUCCCAAAGGACCAAAAGCUAUGCGACAAAAGGAAGCUGCCAUGAUUCCUCAACAACAAAACAUGAUGAAUGGUAUGAACGGCUUUCUAAAUAUGAACAACAUGCCGCCGCAAUUCUACGGUAAUGCAAACGGCUUCAACGCCGGCAUGCCCAACAUGAACAUGAUGAACAACUUCGGCAUGGGCGGUAUGAAUCCAAUGAUGGGCAUGAACCCCAUGAUGGGUAUGAACUUUCCUAGUAUGAAUAACAUGCCCAUGUUCAACAACGCAAACGCUUUUGGCAAUAUGAAUCCCAUGAUGACUGGAAAUAUGCCUCCAAUGAAUGGAAUGGGUAGAGGAAUGAAUAUGUCGAACGGGGCGGCAGGCGGAUUUCCUAAUCAGCAAAAGACAAUUUUCGCGGAACCGCUACCGAAUGAAGAGGACAAUGCGUAUUUCAGAAAACCGGUUAAUCCACAUAGACAUGUGGGAAGACAAAGAAGGGCAAGACCAAGUGAUUAUCGGGAACUUUAA